GUUUGAAACAUUUGCAAUACCAUGCAGAUAAGGAGACUGUGGAGAGGGACGGCUCAGCGCUGCCAAGACAAGACUUGUGAAAGUGUUGGGCUUUCAGAAGGAAUGUAGUGACAGGUCUAGACCUGAACUUCCGCAUUAAGCAGGAAGAAGUCAAGAGUCAAGACCCAGAUGCAAUCCACAUCAACACACCCAACGCCGCCUGUAUACAACUGUUUUGUUGGUGUUCUGCUUUAUAAGGGAGUAGUAAUUUGAGGUGGAACUGACGCCCAUGAAGCUGUUAUCUUGAAACUAACUGGUGAAACUUGGAUUAAUACAUUUGGAAAGAUGGAUGACAUUGACGCCAUGUUCAGUGACAUGCUGGGGGAGAUGGACCUCCUCACUCAGAGUCUCGGUCAGGAAACUGUACCUUCUGGGUCCCUCAGCAGCGCAAACAAGGAAACCAACUACUCCAUGAGCUACACUGACCUGAAUGACUCCCUCUAUGAAUUGGAAGACACCGAUUUGGAUGCACUCAUGGCGGAUUUGGUUGCGGACCUGGAUGCUACGGAACAGAAACUUGCAGCAGACAUGCAAGGUCGGAAACAGCAAUCACCGCCCCCGCCUGACCUGCCACCCCCGCCUCAGGGCCUGAGCCCCCGCCCCACCUCCUCACCCGUUUCCCCAGCAUCACCAGCGAUCAGCACCAGCAGCAAUGUUAGCACCCCCACCUCCCCUUUACCACCUCCGCCUCCUCAGACUGCAAAGCCUACAAGGGAGGAAAUCGAGGCGCAGAUGAAAGCAGACAAAAUCAAGCUGGCUCUUGAGAAGCUCAAGGAAGCUAAAGUAAAAAAGUUGGUGGUGAAGGUGCUGAUUAAUGACGGCAGCGCGAAGACUCUGAUGGUGGAUGAGAGGCAGAGCGUGAGGGAAGUUCUGGACAACCUGUUUGAGAAAACUCAUUGUGACUGUAACGUGGACUGGAGCCUGUGUGAAACCAACCCUGAACUGCAACUUGAACGUACGUUUGAAGACCAUGAGAACCUUGUGGAGCCACUCUUAGCAUGGACAAGAGACAGCGAGAACAAAGUACUCUUUCAGGAGCGAGGGGAAAAAUAUGAGGUUUUCAAAAACCCACAGAACUUUUAUCUAUGGAAGAAGGAUAAGAAAUCUCUCAAAGACAUGAAAGACCAAGACAAGGAGUUACUAAUCCAGGAGAACUUCUGCGGGACUUCCAUCAUUGUGCCUGAUCUUGAGGGGGUGAUGCACCUCAAAGACGACGGCAAGAAGUCCUGGAAACCAAAGCUCUUCCAACUGAGGGCCUCGGGAAUUUAUUAUGUGCCCAAAGGGAAAACCAAGUCAUCCCGUGACCUGGUCUGCUUUGUCCAGUUUGACAAUGUAAAUGUCUACUACGGUAAAGACUUUAAGGGCAAAUACAAAGCCCCAACUGACUGCUGCUUUUUUCUGAAGCACCCUCAGAUCCAAAAAGAGUCUCAGUACAUUAAGUACCUCUGCUGCGAUGAUGAAAAUUCAAUGAACCUUUGGGUAACCGGAAUACGGAUUGCAAAGUAUGGUAAGUCGCUGUAUGAAAACUAUAAAACCGCAGAGAGGAAGGCAGCUGUCGGCUCUGCUUGGACAAACUGCAGCACUCCAUCCAGCUCCAACCCAUCAACACCCUCACCCACCAUCAGAGCUAAAUCAACCAGCCAGGCCAACGGUCAUGUUCCCACGCCCCCACCAGGACCUGUUACCAAGGACUUCGGAAAUGUCCCACCCCCACCUCCAGAACCAGUCCGACCUUCUCCACCUCCUUUGGCUCCCAAGAGUUCCUCAAGACCAGCCCUCCCCCAGCGGCACCUGCCAACCAACUUCCCCCCACCUCCACCUGCAAUGGGAGGCCUUCCUCCUCCACCGUUGGGGCCACCCAUGGAUGAUGCCUCGGAGGCCCCGCCCGACUUCCUCCCACCCCCUCCUCGAUCCACUGGCUUUGGUUCCCUUCCUCCUCCUCCGAUGAACUCCCUACCACCGCCGCCUCCCCCAAUGAGUAUGGACCUGCCUCCUCCACCGCCAGAUCCAGGGUUUUUACCUCCGCCUCCACCAAUGUUCACUGGAGCUGGAGCACCCCCUCCACCUCCCCCUCCACCUGCUGCCCCAAGAGCCCCGGUGCGGCCUUCCGGCUCAGUGAGGAAGGUACCGCCUGCUCCGCCAAAGAGGACUACUCCAUCGCUGCAGGGAGAAGCGGGAGGAGGUGGAGACUUCAUGUCAGAACUGAUGCUGGCCAUGAACAAGAAGCGUUAAAAAAAACUGUGUACUUCUCCAACAUGAAGCCAGGGGAGAUCAAUAUGGACUUUACAUCCAUUCUAACAACUUAUCCUAGACAUAAUCAUGCAUGAAUUAAGUAAAAGUGUAAAUAUUCCUAAGAACAAAGAGAUUAAAACAUGUUUUAUGUAAAACCUGUCAGUCAUUUUUGCUGCAGGUAGACAUGAUGAAAUCUGUUAUCAGAAUUAUUAAAGAAUCUGUUAAAAACAAGUAAUUUUUUUUAAAGGUGAUGUAAUGGAUAUAAUAAUGUAUCGGACUGCAAUGAGACAGUUUUAUGGAAGUGUACAUAUUUGUCACGUUUGAAUGGAGGUCUGUAAAUAUUAUAAAACACUUUUCCUUAUCUCUGUAAAACAUUAAUAGUUUAACCCUUUUGUGUUCGAGUCUCCCGUGACCUUGACAAUUUUAGCAAAGUCUGAAGAUCUCUAAAAAAAAAAAAGUGUAUAAUUUGGUGUUCGGGUCUGGGGAGACCCAGCAGAAUUGUUUUUGGGUGACUCAAGGUCAAAUUUGGCCCAAUCAAGAUUAAUCUUUGACUUGAGACACCCCAGCCCCACCCCCUUCAUCAACUAACAAUUUUUCGCAACAUGCACCUGGUCUCCCCUCCCUCUGCCCACCUCCCCCC